CAUGGAAAUCUAAGUCUCCCAGGAGGUCUCUUAUGGGUGGUUUCCCUAAAAACUAAAACUAGAACUACAGUAUGAUCCAGCACUACCACUUUUAUGUGCAUGUCCAAAAGAAUCAAAUAGUAAAUUUACACAAGUUUGAUUACAAAAACUUUCACCUCAAAGUCCACAGUUGACCAGGGUUCAUUGCAUAGGACUCAACGAACCUUUUCAAAGAGUAAAUCUUUAACAGAUUUUAAUUACGUAAAGUAUUAACAAAACUUUUUUUUCUUCAUAACUUGGAAGUAAAAAGUAACUUGCCUACCUCCAAAAGUUUGUAGGAGAAGCAAAUUCCUUGGCUCUGUUGGGUCUAUCAAUGAAAUCGUGGGGCCAGAAUCCGCUCCUCUAGUGAGCUUGAGAGGAAAGAAACUUUCUGUCCUUGAGAUUAUCUACACGCAUUCUGCCUCCUCUUGGGAAUAGUCAUUUGUAUUCAAUGGCUUUUCAAGACCUUCUGGAGCAAGUUGGUAGCAUGGGACGAUUCCAGAUCCUGCAGAUGGUUUUCCUCCUGGUCUGUAGCUUCUUGGCAUUCCUUCAUGUUCCCUUGGAGAACUUCACGGCAGCCACCCCUGAGCACCGCUGCUGGGUGCCCGUCCUCGACAACCACACUGUCGCUCACAACCACACAGCCACCCUCAGCCAGCAGGACCUCCUGAGAAUCUCCAUCCCCCUAGACUCAAACCUCAGGCCAGAGAAGUGCCGCCGCUUUGUCCAGCCCCAGUGGCAGCUGCUCCACCUGAACAAGACCUUGUGGAACGCCAGUGAGGCAGACACAGAGCCCUGUGUGGACGGCUGGGUGUAUGACAAAAGCUCCUUCCUUUCCACCAUCGUGACUAAGUGGGACCUGGUGUGUGACUCUCAGUCACUGAUAUCAGUGGCAAAAUUCCUAUUCAUGGCUGGAAUGCUAGCAGGAAGCGUACUCUACGGCUAUAUAGCAGACAUGUUUGGGAGGAGGUUAGUUCUGGUCACUUGUUUGUUGACACUGGGCAUUGCUGGAACGAGUUCAGCCUUUGCUCCUAACUUCAUCGUUUACUGCUGUCUGCGCUGCCUGGCUGGGAUGUCCACCUCGGGCCUAAUGACAAACAUCCCUAUGCUCCUUGUAGAGUGGAUAAAGCCCAAAUUGCAAGCCCUGGGGAUCACCUUGGCAAUUUGUGCCACUAGUCUUGGACAGAUAACACUGGGAGGCCUGGCUUUUCUUAUUCGAAAUUGGCACAUCCUCCAGCUGGUGAUAUCUGUACCAGUAUUUCUCUUAUUUAUAUUUAAAAGGUGGCUGGCGGAGUCUGCUCGGUGGUUGUUCAUCACCAACAAACCCCAGGAAGGCUUAAAGGAGCUGCGGAGAGCCGCGCGCAUGAAUGGAAUGAAGAAUUACAGAGACACACUAACUGUGGAGGUUCUGAGAUCCACCAUGAAGGAGGAGCUGGAGGCUGCACAGACGAAACCUGCCCUGAGUGCUUUGUUCUACAACCUCAACCUGCGUAAGCGGCUCUGCCUCCUGUGCUUUAUAAGAUUUGCAAUAUGUGUGACCUUCUUUGGCCUGUUUCUCAACCUCCAGCACCUGGGGAGUAAUAUUUUCCUCCUGCAGAUCCUCUUUGGUGUCCUGAACUUCCCAGCCAGCUAUGGGGCCCUUCUUGCAAUGAAUCACCUGGGCCGUCGAGUAACUCAAGUCCUGUUCAUGUCCUUGGUGGGGAUCUUCAUCCUGGCCAACAUCUUUGUGCCUCAAGAAAUGCCGACCGUCCGCCUGGUUCUGUCAGCUUUAGGAGGAGGACUUGUAUAUGCUUCCAUUACUGGUUCUCUGACGCACGCAAAUGAACUACUCCCCACCGUAUUCAGGGCAACAGCUUCAGGAUUCAUUGGGCUUAGUGGGAACAUUGGGGCCGCCCUGGCUCCCCUCUCCAUGAUGCUGGCGAUAUAUUCUGCUCCCUUGCCCUGGAUCAUCUAUGGCACCUUCUCCAUCCUGGCUGGCCUUGUGGCCCUCCUCCUUCCUGAGACCAGGAACCGGCCUCUGCCUGACUCCAUCCAGGACAUAGAAAACGAGACACAAGUCUCCAGAAAAACAAAACAGGAAGAUACUUGCAUCAAAGUGACACCGUUUUAACCUAUUCCAAGAACUGGCUGCUGAUAAAAAAUAAAUAUCUUUCACAGAGACUGGUAAAGUCUGGGAAACUAAUAAAUAAAAUAUAUAGUGGAAAAGUG